AUGACGCACCAAAGGGUCUUAUUUUUGUUCACCUUGGUUAUAUAUUUCCCUGUCGCGUUCGGCCAAGUCAGCUACUCGAUUCCGGAGGAAAUGGAUAAAGGCUCGUUGGUAUCGAACGUGGCUCACGAUUUAGGUUUGGACCUGAAAAGGCUGAAAUCCGGGCGAGCUCGGAUUCAUUCUGGGGACAAUGCGGAAUAUAUCGAGUUGGAUAAGGAAAAAGGGCUCCUCCUUGUGAAGGAGAGGAUAGACAGAGAGACGCUGUGCGGUGAGACGACGUUAUGUGCUAUUCAUUUGCAGCUGAUCCUGGAAAAUCCUAUGGAAUCGUUUCGCAUCACUAUUGAAAUCACAGAUAUAAAUGACAAUGCGCCGAGUUUUGAAUCCAGUAGUAAACGUUUUGAAAUCAGUGAGUCAGCGGUCGUCGGCUCCAAAUUUGUGCUUGAGACAGCCAUUGAUGCUGAUAUUGGUACAAAUGGUCUGCAAAGCUACUCACUGAAUCCAACGAAUAAUUUUCAGCUGAAAUUGGAAAAUCAAGCAGACGGAGAUAAAAAGGUGGAAAUGAUAUUACAAAAGGCACUCGAUCGGGAGCAGCAGGGGAAAAUUUCUUUGUUAUUAACAGCAUUUGAUGGCGGAACACCGCGCAGGUCAGGAACAAUGCAAAUUAUUGUCCAUGUUUUAGAUGUGAAUGAUAAUGCUCCCUUGUUUACUAAGACUUUAUACAAAACCAGUAUUAGAGAAAAUGCACCGAAAGGAACCAGUGUAAUUACUGUUAGCGCAUCAGACAAGGACAGUGGCUCUAAUGGAGAAAUAUCAUAUGUAAUAUCAAAAACCAAGCGUAAAUUGUCAGAUUUAUUUCAGAUUAACAGUGUAACUGGAGAGGUCAUUUUAACUGGUGACAUUGAUUAUGAGAGGUCAAAAUUAAUACAAAUAGAUAUAGAAGCUGUCGAUAAUGGAGGACUGUCUGAUUCAAGUAGGAUCUUGAUUGACAUCAUUGAUGUAAAUGACAACAGUCCUCAAAUGAGAAUACUUUCCAAAUCAGAUUCCAUUUCAGAGGACUCUGCAGAGAAUACUGUUGUCACGAUGUUAAGUGUCAAUGACCCUGACUCUGGCAGCAAUGGAGAAGUGAAGUGUAACAUCAAGGAGGAUGUUCCAUUUAAAAUACAAAUCACAACAAAUGGAUUGUACAGUUUAGUAACAGAUGUAGCUUUGGAUAGAGAAUCUUCAUCUGAGUAUAAUUUCACAGUAACAUGUUCUGAUGAGGGUGUGCCCUCCCUCUCCAGCAGCGUCACUCUCAAUUUACACAUCUCGGAUGUGAAUGACAACGCACCUAUAUUUGAGAAGAGCUCAUACGAGGCCACUAUUGUAGAAAACAACACACCAGGUUUUUCUAUAUUCACUGUAAAAGCCAAUGAUGUUGACUGGAACCAAAAUGCUCGUAUUUCUUACAUCCUGGAGGAUUUAUCUGUUAAUGGCGUGCCAGUCUCCUCCUAUGUGUCCGUUAGUGUUGAGAGUGGAGUCAUCCAUGCAGUUCGUUCUUUUGACUAUGAGCAACUCAAAGAGUUUCACUUCCAUGUCAGAGCUCAGGACGGAGGCUCCCCUCCUCUGAGCAGCAACGUGAGUGUGGCCAUCCUGAUCCAGGACGCCAAUGACAACGGCCCUCAGGUUCUGUACCCAGUUCAAACAGGCAGUUCAGUACUGGCUGAAAUGGUGCCCCGUUCCGCAGACAUAGGCUACCUGGUGACUAAAGUGGUGGCUGUGGACGUGGACUCCGGACAGAAUGCCUGGCUCUCGUAUAAAGUCCAAAAAGCCACAGAUAGGGCACUAUUUGAGGUAGGCCUCCACAAUGGGGAAAUAAGAACUGUCCGCCAAGUGACUGAUAAAGAUGCUGUCAAACAAAGACUGACUGUUGUUGUGGAGGACAAUGGGCAGCCCUCUCGUUCAGCUACAGUCAUUGUUAACGUGGCAGUGGCGGACAGCUUCCCUGAAGUGUUGUCAGAAUUCACUGAAUUUAGCUUGAAUGACAAGGAGUCCAACGAGAAGCUGACUUUUUAUUUAGUUUUAGCUUUGGCGGUGGUUUCUUUCCUCUUCAUCACCUGCUUGCUGCUUAUAAUAUCCGUCAAGGUGUACAGGUGGAGACAGUCUCGAAUCCUGUACCACUCCAAUCUGCCUGUUAUUCCAUAUUUUCCACCAAGGUACUCGGAUACUUUGGGAACAGGGACUCUCCCACACAUGUACAAUUACGAGGUGUGCAGGACCACUGACUCCAGGAAAAGUGACUGUAAAUUGGACAGAACUGCUAGUCACAAUGUGCUGGUAAUGGACCCCAAUUCUACAGGGACCAUGCAGAAGAUAUACAGGGAAAAGCACAUCCUGGAUGAACCUGAUUCUCCUCUUGAGGUUAGAAUGUCUUAA